GGAAAAAGAUCUUGAAGAGGCUCUGGAAGCAGGAGGUUGUGAUCUUGAAACUUUGAGAAAUAUAAUUCAAGGGAGGCCACUGCCUGCUGAACUGAGGGCCAAAGUUUGGAAGAUCGCUCUGAAUGUGGCAGGAAAAGGUGAUAGUUUGGCAUCCUGGGACGGUAUUUUAGACCUGCCCGAACAGACCACUGUUCAUAAAGAUUGCUUGGGGCUUAUUGACCAACUUUCAGUGCCAGAGGAGCAGGCAGCAGAAUUACUCCUGGACAUUGAAUCUGUAAUUACCUUCUAUUGUAAAUCACGUAACAUUAAAUACAGUGCAUCACUUAGCUGGAUUCAUCUCCUGAAACCACUGGUGCAACUUCAGCUGCCACGAAGUGAUUUGUACAAUUGCUUUUAUGCUGUUAUGAAUAAGUACAUUCCCAGGGAUUGUUCCCUGAAGGGGAGACCAUUUCAUCUCUUCCGAUUACUCAUCCAGUACCAUGAGCCUGAGCUUUGCUCUUUUCUUGAUACAAAGAAAAUUACUCCAGACUCCUAUGCACUCCACUGGCUUGGAAGCCUGUUUGCCUAUUACUGUUCCACUGAAGUCAUUCAGGCAAUAUGGGAUGGAUAUCUCCAACAAGCGGAUCCAUUUUUUAUUUAUUUCUUAAUGUUAAUUAUCCUUGUUAAUGCAAAAGAAGUUAUUUUAGCACAAGAGUCAGACAGCAAGGAAGAAGUUAUCCAGUUCUUGGAAAAUAUGCCGUCCAGUUUGAAUCUUGAAGAUAUAGAAGACCUUUUUACCCUGGCUCAGUAUUACUGCAGUAAAACACCAGCUUCGUUUAGGAAGGAUCAUCACCAUCUCUUUGGCAGUGCUCUGUUGGGGAUGAAGGGCGAUGAUGCGGAUCUGAGUCAGGCUCUGUGUCUAGCCAUCUCCGUGUCAGAGAUUCUUCAAGCAAAUCAGCUACAAGGGGAAGGAGUCCGGUUCUUUGUGGUGGAUUGCCGUCCUGCAGAGCAGUAUAACGCUGGGCAUUUGUCAACUGCUUUCCACUUAGAUUCAGAUCUGAUGCUGCAGAACCCGUCGGAGUUUGCCCAGUCAGUGAAGUCCUUGCUGGAGGCACAGAAGCAGUCCAUCGAGUCGGGCUCCGUUGCCGGUGGGGAGCACCUCUGUUUCAUGGGCAGCGGCCGGGAGGAGGAGGACAUGUACAUGAACAUGGUCCUGGCACACUUCUUACAGAAAAACAAAGAAUAUGUGAGUAUUGCCAGUGGAGGAUUUAUGGCACUGCAGCAGCACCUAGCAGACAUUAAUGUGGAUGGACCAGAAAAUGGCUAUGGUCAUUGGAUUGCUAGUACCUCAGGCUCAAGGAGCAGUGUCAAUUCUUCUGUUGAUGGUGAAUCUCCUAAUGGUUCAAAUGACAGAGGAAUGAAAUCACUGGUAAAUAAAAUGACUGUGGCUUUGAAGACAAAAUCCGUUAAUGUCAGGGAAAAAGUUAUCAGUUUUAUUGAGAAUACAUCAACUCCUGUGGACCGAAUGUCUUUCAAUCUCCCUUGGCCAGACAGAUCGUGUGCAGAGCGGCAUGUGAGCAGCAGUGACAGAGUGGGCAAGCCGUACCGCGGUGUGAAGCCGGUGUUCAGCAUCGGGGAUGAAGAGGAGUAUGACACAGAUGAAAUUGACAGCUCUUCAAUGUCAGAUGAUGAUAGAAAAGAGGUUGUCAACAUUCAGACUUGGGUAAACAAGCCAGACAUCAAGCAUCAUUUUCCUUGUAAAGAAGUGAAAGAAAGUGGACACAUGUUUCCUAGUCAUCUGCUGGUUACUGCUACGCAUAUGUACUGUUUAAGGGAGAUUCUUUCACGGAAAGGAUUGGCUUACAUACAGUCUCGACAAGCACUGAAUUCCGUCGUUAAGAUCACAUCCAAAAAGAAGCAUCCUGAGCUAAUUACCUUCAAAUAUGGAAACAGCAGCGCUUCAGGAAUAGAAAUCCUGGCUAUUGAAAGGUACUUGAUUCCAAAUGCAGGGGAUGCUACCAGAGCCAUAAAACAACAGAUCAUGAAAGUUUUGGAUGCAUUGGAAAGUUAAUAUGAAAGAAAAUUACUGGAGUGAAAUUAAUGCAACCAAGAGAAACACAAACAUGUAUUUACUGACUGAAUACUAACCAGAGACCUUACAUUUGCUUAGGGGGUGCUUGAAUGGUGGGUCUAAGUGUAAAUUAUUACAGUCAAUUUCUGGAUGAUUAAACUUUUUUUAACACUCCUUUUGCAUUUUCAGUUUUAUAAAAUGAUUUAUUAUAAAGAUCAGUUAUUAAAUGACUUUGAAGAAAUCGUCCUCGUGCCCUUACGGACAAAGGGCACGGAACGCAGUUCUGUUUUGAAGAGCUGCUUUAAGGGAGCCUGUGUCACUUUCAGGUUUUAAGGCAACCGUACACAUAUAUUUGCAAUGUCUUCACUGAAAAUUAGAGAUAGAAUUAGUUGAAGAGACUUCCUUAAUUGCUAAUUUAGUUUUACCCACUGAACAAUACCAGAAACUAAAAAACAUAGGUUCCUAAUGAGUUCAUUGUUUCCGUUGUUAAAAUGAAUGCGAUCUUUUUAAUGAAGUGAAGAUUCCAGCCCACUCAGAAUACAGCUCAGCUAGAGAGACAUUCAGCCAUCGGUUAUUAGGUCACCUUUGCCCCACGAGGUAAUUAUUUGAAUACUGAGUGCUUCCGGUUUCUGAGGAGGAGUUGAAAGCAUUAUAAUGAGUAGGUAGGCAUGUUAAAAUUAAAAUUACUAUUUUGGGACAAAAUUGGAUGGUGUGGUUACUUUUAUUACAAGUAGGUUAUUUAAUUCAGCUUCUUACAGCUCAGAUGUUGAGCACACAUUGAUUUACCUGCGAUGGUGAUCUGUGACCACGCUGAUAGCCACUCAGAUGAAGGCACAUAAGCAGAGGGCUGUAUGAAUUUCAGCUGUUCUUAUACCACUUUCUGAAAUCUUUCUGUUCUUUUCGUUUGUCUUCCAUUAAGGUUUCAGCACUUUGAGACUGUUUUUAUUUUCUUAAAUGUGACAAAACGGAAGUGAUCUGCUUUAUUUUACAGCUUUCUAAGCUUAAUUUACUGUGGCCCAUAUUAAGUAGUAAAAGAUCCAACAACACUUCAGGGGCCAUGGGAUAUUUUACCUCUUCUUGGGAAAUAGCAAAUACAAUCUGCCGUGUCCUAAAAUGCAACAGGUUAUGUCUGAGAGAGGUUGACAGAAGUACCUAGGUGUACCCCGUCAAUAGCCAGUUACUUUAAUUUACUUAACGGAAAUCAAGUGAAUAAAAGGAGCAUAGUUGAAGAAAUUUUAUUCUGCUAUCUAAAUAAAAGCAGUUUGAUGGAAGACAUUUGCAUGAAAUUGCACUUAGUGCGAUACUUGGUAUUUAUAACUCUUUCCAAAACUUGUAUUGCAGUUUUCCCUUUUUCUUGGCAUUCCCCUUAGAAAUGUCUUGAAGUCUCAUUUUUUGCCCAUCUCAGCCAUGGGACUUUUCAUAAUAUUGCUGUAAAGAUGUUUGUGUUACUGUUUGUACAUUACAAUUGUAAAUAAACGGGUACAGUUUGCUCUA